AUGGCUUCCAAUUCAGGGCUUGGCUCUGGGCUCAAGAGCUUUUGGCAUGCCAUGACUUCAAAUGACAGGCACGCAAAUCACGAUUCCCCUUAUCGCGUGCUGUCGACCAAUACCCAUCAACCCCUGAAUGGAGGUGGAGGAGUUGGUCGUAAUCCCCCGCUACAAGGAGUCUCAUCACCGGGAAUGGAAACGGGCCUCAACUCGAAUUACCACGAAGAGAACCGUUCUACAGCUUCUCUUGCCGGAACACCAGGAGUUUACCCACCUCGCUCCCCCGGGGGAUCCAUCAAUGGCCCAAAUUCCCCCUAUACCCCUGGGAUGAGGUCCUCCGUGAUUACAAAUGAAGCACCCCCCGGUGGUGGAAUCGCAAUGCAAGAUUUCGGUGCAGACGGGAUGCCUCCUCCCCCUCCAAUCAGCCACACCUGGAGCCGGAUUGAUAGAUGGUGCGAGGACAACUACCCUGAGCUCUUUGAUCAGAUCUGCACACCCGCUACCGUGAACGAUAUCAACGAACUUGAAUACAGCUUGGACUGCUCGCUUCCACAGGACUUACGGGAAUCAUUGCUGAUUCAUGAUGGCCAAGAGCGCGGUGGAACACCUACAGGUCUCAUUUUCGGAGCAAUGUUGCUCGACUGCGAGGAAAUGUUGGAUGAAUGGAAGAACUGGAGGGUAGUCGAAAGUGAAUAUCUAACUCAGCCACCAUCAGGACAAAAACCUCCGGUUGGAGAAGCUGGCUCGUCAAAGGCCGAAAGUGCUGCUCUUGGCCGUCAGGAACUUCUUGCCCGUCAGACCUCCCAACCAGAUGGCUCCAUUCAGAAAGCAUAUGCCCACCCAGGUUGGAUCCCUGUAGCAAGAGAUUGGGGUGGCAACAACAUUGCGGUUGAUGUGGCUCCAGGUCCUAACGGAACUUGGGGUCAGGUGAUCCUGUUUGGCCGAGAUUAUGACUGCAAGUACGUUGUCGCAAAAUCAUGGGCACACUUUAUGGCCAUGGUAGCAGAUGACAUGCAGAGUCCCCAUUGGUACGUUGACGAGGAGACUCAGGAAUUGAAACUUAAGGAUCCCAGAGCUCCAAGGUCAGAGCCAGGUUACAUGGAUAUCCUCCGAGUACGUAAUGAGCGCAAGUACGGAAGACGUCGCUUCUCGCGAGGACCACCUCCAAGGCCCAAUUCUCUUCCCGGAUCGCCAAGAGGCACAAUGUCACCAACCUCCUUCAGUCCAACCAACGGAGCCCGGAGUGGCUUGACACGACCAGCAAAGGAAGAAAACUCAUUAUCAGACAAUCACCUCAAGCCACCUUCGAAAAAGACUUCCAAACCUCUACGAAGCGUUGCAGAGGAGAUCCCCGCACCGGUCGCUGUACACACAAGGCUUGAGGGUGAGCUGCUUAGAAACAACUCUAGCAGCAACCUACUCGGUGAUUUGGUUGAAGAGAAAACAUCCGCUACAGUCAAAGCACUCGAAGAGAUUGCUUUAAGUGACGAGAAAGCUUCUGCAGGAGAUGAGAUUUCUCAGCCUCCAACUGCAGUCAAGAAAGUUGAGGCCUGA